AUGAAGAAAUCCUUGAGAGUUUUACUAGUGAUCCUGUGGUUUCAAUUAAGCUGUGUGAGGAGCCAACAAAAGGAGGUGGAGCAGAAUCCUGAAUCCCUCAGUGUUCCAGAGCGAGCCACUGCCCCUCUCAAUGUGUGUGCUUACAGUGACCGUGCUUCUCAGUCCUUACUGUGGUACAUGCAGUAUUGUGGGAAAGGCCCCGAGGUGGUGAUGUCCUCAUACUCCAAUGGUGACAAAGAAGGAAGAUUUACAGUGCAGCUCAAUAAAGCCAGCCUAUAUGUCUCCCUGCUCAUCAGAGACUCCCAGCCCAGUGACUCAGCCACCUAUCUUUGUGCAGACACCUGCCAUCUAUACCUAAACCUGCUGGGGCCCCAGUACAUCCAGUACCCAAAACAAGGCCCCCAGUUACUCCUGAAACACAUCUCAGGAGAGAGCAUCAAAGGUUUCACGGCUGAACUUAACAAGGAUGAGGCAUCCUUCCAUCAGAAGAAACUAACAGCUCAUGAAGAAGAGUCAGCCAUGUGCUCUGAGUGGCAGAUGACUUAUGAAGCCCAAAAUGGCCACAUGGCAGUUUCAUCUUCCACUUCAGUGGAACCAUUGUUGUGUCUCCUGGUGGAAGCAUUUCUCCUUUUAAAGAAUAAGACCUCCAAAGCAACACAGCUCAAAGUUGCAAAUACGGGAAGCAAAAAUUGUGCUAAUGGGUUACUGGUAAGAAACCUGAGACUCUUGGGGGCCAAAGGACUAGAUGUAUACUCAGUAAAGAGAACUUUUUUGACUGAGGAACCUGGUGCCAUUUCAGGCCCCAGAGCUGAGUCUUCUGUGAUCCCAACAAGGAAGAAGAAUGGAGAACCUCCUGGGGAGGGCUUUGGUGAUUCUGUGGCUGCAAUUGGCCAGUGA